UGGCAGUUAGGUGUCGUUGGUUUGUAUGUUAGAUGGAAGAGAGAAAAAAACACUGAGUACAAUCACGAUUGUAGUGGUGUCGUUAUCUUGAGAGAUAGUGUGUAGGCAGUUAUCUAAAAAAAACUUAUUCUUAAAAUAAGAAUUAGUAAUGGAUGAAGGCACAACUUUUAAACCAUCAGCCGACAAUCUGGAUGAUCCUCCAAACAGCAGGCUGUUCUUGGUGCUCAGUAAAUCUACCACGGAGGAGGUGAUCCGCAAACAUUUUUCUCAUUUUGGUGAAAUUCAGGAUAUAUGGGUGGUAAAAGAUAAACAAACCAAGGAAUCCAAAGGAGUCGCGUUUGUCAAAUUUGCAAGAUCUUCUCAGGCUUGCAAAGCGAUGGAAGACAUGCAUGGCAAAUGCUUAACGGACAAUACAAAACCAAUCAAAGUGUUUAUUGCCCAGUCAAGAUCUUCUGGAAGCCACAGGGAUGUGGAAGAUGAAGAGCUAACAAGGAUUUUUGUUAUGAUACCAAAGUCGUUUUCAGAGGAUGAUCUGAGAGAGAAAUUUAAGGUAUAUGGAGACAUAGAGUACUGCAGCAUCAUUAAGAACAAGAACACUGGAGAGAGUAAAGGCUUGGGUUACGUGAGAUUCCUUAAGCCAUCUCAAGCUGCUCUGGCCAUUGAGAACUGUGAGCGAAGCUAUAAAGCAAUCUUGGCUGAACCCAAAAACAGGUAUUCUACCACUUCAGAGAAUGACUAUGUGAGUAAUUCUAGACCAGAGCCAGUGACACUUGAGCCUCCAAUGAAUUCUAAUGUGUUUCCAUUUGAUUUCUACAGUCUCAUUAAGAAUGAACAGAGAGGGCAUGAGGGUAUUUCCAGAUGUCUGUCUGUAACUUCGCAAGUGACUUUGUCACAAGAACAGUUGUUUAGUCUGUUUGAUAUUGUUCCCGGGUUGGAGUUUUGUGAGAUUCAGAGAGACCCAUAUUCUGGCUACAGCAAAGGUCUUGGGUUAGUGCGUUACAGUAAUGUAGCAUCAGCAGUUUACGCAAGGGAAAAGCUUAGUGGGUUUGAAUAUCCUCCUGGAAAUCGAUUAAUAGUCCGGUACUUGGAAGAUGUGAGUGACAGAUCUGAUCCAAUAGGAAGAAUGGCUUUGCAACUUGUAGCAACCCAGAUGAUGUCAUCUGUAUGGGGGAGCCCUAUGAAUCACAGCACACUAAACAGUUCUCACAGUUUUGUAAGCUGCACUUCACCACCGUCACGAAUACAAACAGAUCUAUCUCUUCCACCACUUCAGAGUAUGGCCUUGCCAGAUAGUAGGGUGAAAGAAAGAUUAUUUUUGGUAUUUAAUCCUGCACCUUUGCCAUUGGACAUACUGGAGGAUGUCUUCUGUCGUUUUGGCCAUCUAAUAGAAGUAUAUCUUGUGCCUGGACGAAAUAUAGGCUACGCUAAAUAUGCGGAUAGGACCAGCGCUAACAAUGCCAUGGGAACCUUACAUGGGAAGAUUGUUAAUGGAGUCAGAAUUAAAGUGAUGCCGGCAGACUCCCCAAAGGAAGAGUCUCACAAAAGACAGAGAACACACUAGGAAUGAACAUAGUUGAUUAGCAACCUUUCUCUGUGGCGUGAGAGGCAUUCUGGGUAGAGCAUCAUCAGACCUGGCUAGCAUCCAGUUCAUUGUGCAGGAGUGGGACAGCGGAUGUAAUAUUGAAUACACAAAAGAAACACAAAACUGAUUGCAUCAGCUGCUAACCUUUUUUAGAACCACAAGGAGUCUUACCUUAUUUUGAAAGAGUAAUUCUGAGAGCAGUGAAAUCUGUGUUACUGAUGACAUCUUGACAACAACGAUGAUGGUGCAACAGAGUUCCAGUACUGCUUCUUUAAAGAGCUGCUGUGUGCCAUAAUGUAUACUUUCAAGUUUAGUGAAAAGUAUGCAAGUUUGGUAUCACAUUUUAGUAAUGUAAUUAUAUUUGUAUUGGAUGUUUGAAAAUGUGUGCAUAUUCCACUGACAUCGCUCUACUUUGGCUCCGGUAUGUAUUGACAGGGUCAGUAAAAACUGAUGCAACAAAUAAAAGUUGUGUGAGCAAAGAAGAGAGCACAGUGUGCCUUGCAUACAUCAGUGAAAUCUGCUGCAUUCUCUACGAUAUUUGCUAGAGGAAACUUAGCAGAAUGUGAAGAAAAUUGCAAAUUAGUAAAAAGCUGAAACAUUUGAUGCAGAGGUAUUGUACUGAGCAUUUAUUACAGUAAAUACAUUUUCUUUUAUCAGACAUCCAGAUGCCCGCAAAGGUACAAAAAGUGCUAUAUAAGAAAUGUAUUUAAUGUGCUAUAUAACCAGAUUUUGAAAUAUUGUAUGGACUGUUUGUCCAUUCUCCCUUUAAAGGUAGAAUUCCAUCAGUGGAAAUGUAGAUUUAAAAAUUAUUUUUCCCCUUUUAAAUAUGACAUGUUUGAGGUAACAUGAAUGGAAACUUGUUUUUAGGAGAAGUAACAGAAUUUUGUGGUUUUCAGAGUUUGGACCUCAUCCAAGAGGUAAAGUAUGGAACACUUCUUUCUGAUCACUUUCAUGCCAUUAAGGAUACAUUAGUAUGCUUUUCCUCCAUUUGUGCAUGUUCUGUUAAUGCCACCAUUCUUAAGUCUUUCUUAAAUGUUGCCACUUUAUUGUAUGAAUCACUAAAUAUUUAUUAUUACAGAAAAGCUAACAAAGUUUGAAACUUCAACCAAACUGCAUGUUAGAACAUAAUUUCCUCUGACUGUACCUGCCCUGUGGAGUAACUGUUUUAAAUACCUGCUUGCAUGGAGAAUUAGAACUGAAUCCCCUGAUGUACCUUACACUUCACUUUUAAAUGUAACGCUCAUCGGUAAAUCAGCUGCUGCUCCUGAUAAUGCAGGAUGCUGGUAAUGUCACCUCCUAAGUGCCUGGAACGUACGUUGCGUGUAUCAUUUGCAUGGUGCCAUUUUCACAGACACUGCUUGUGAUAGCAAUCUAUAGACUUGUGUAUGGCAUAUUAGAAAUAACUAGCAUUGUACAGAGCAACUGUACUACAGAAAGUGAAACUCCUUUUCUGCAACCUCACAUUUCUUCGUACUCUUUUUACUAGCUUACCCAGAGGAAAAAAAUGUUCCUUUUUUUCCUCAUGUAUGCUGUA